ACAGCAGAUGAGCUGGUUUUGCUGUCUGACAGUAUCCGUUUAUGCAAGCGGCUUGUAACUCUGUCAGGUCCACCACUCGAUUGGGCAGCAUGGAAGCACCUCUCCAACCUCCCCAGCCUACACACAGUAUGGACUGACAGACUAUCAUACAGUGCUCCUAGUUGGCCAUUAGAACGGGAUAUGGUCAAGUUCGCGCCUUUCAUCAACGUCACGCGUCUUUCUUUCCGCGCAAAAACGGCUUCGCAUACUAUUGCAGUCAUGCAACACUCGGAAUUUCCUUCCCUAAAAAACCUUUUUAUCCAUGUUGAAGUUUUGCCUUUGGCAGAGGCUGAGCAACUCCUUUGUGCGCUGUCCCAGUGCAAAGCAACGCAGACCUUUGAACAACUUUCCAUAUCCUCUAGUGGCCCAAGACUUCAGGAGCCCUUAGACAACUCUUUGACAGCGGUUCCAUAUUUCCUUCCUUUCAGGCAGCUCCGAACCCUCUAUCUCCGGCUUCAUUUCUGCACUCACCUUGACAACGACCGUCUUUUGGAAGCCAUAUCAAGUUGGCCACACAUCCGCAGUUUGCAAUUGGUGGACCCAGAGAUGCCACCUGCCAUUACAUUCCGCGGAUUAUUUGCAGCGCUUCGUCUACGUCCCCACUUGCAUACGCUGAGCAUAUCAAUGGAUGCCAUAAAUAUCGAUAUUGAUCCUAAAGCCGAGUCAUUUCAAUAUCCCGCCCUACAAAACUUGAACGUGACUUGUUCUGAGAUAGCGGAUGCUGAAGCUGUCGCUCGCAUCAUCUUCUCCGCGUUCCCUCGCAUCGUCCGGGUCAGCAAUUGGGGUGUUGGGAUGCGCUUUUGGAAGCUGUGGGAUGAGGUCAAUGAACAUCUCAAUGUUUUGAAUGGCCGCAAUGUCACGGAGCAGGUGUCUCAGUGGGACGAGUCUGAGGAGGAGACGGAUGAGCCCGAGGGGGAGACGGACGGGCGUUUGUGAAGUUUUCUGGAGUUAUCCGAGUCUAUCGUGUGCCAAAAACGCGCCAUGUUUCACCGGUGCGCUCAAGUACAUGGCAAUUAAUGUACUCGUGUUAAUUUGUAUCAUCUGUCGUAUCGUUGUAUUGUGCAUCGGGGGUCGAGAGUACUUGGGAGGAAG